AUGGCAGCGUCUAAAGAAUGUCUUCAAAUGGCAAUAAGCCAACGCAUAGCGUUACUUCUACUGCAAGAACCAUAUGUAGGUGCAAAAGCACAUGUAACCUGUAAUCGUCACGUAAUUCAAAAACCUACUAGUAACAGAGAUAAACCGGUUAAAUCGGCAGUCAUCGUUGUUGAUCCAACUUACUUAAUCAUAGAAAAUCCAGAGCAUGUUAGCGAAAAUAUAGUAGGGUUUAUAGUUAAAAUAGGAAAAUUUGAAGUAGGCAUUAUAAAUGUAUAUUUAGAGAAAGACGGUAACAUAGAAGAAGAUACAAGGAAGAUAACAAGAAUUGUGCAUGAUAUGGCUACGGAAAACGUUAUCCUAACAGGCGACUUUAAUGCAAGGAGUCUCUGGUGGGGGAGCAGAGCGGAGGACAAGAGGGGUUUACUUUUAUCGGAAAUGAUAGCUGAACUGGAUAUGAAUGUUUUAAAUCAGGGCAGUGAAUCCACUUUUUACCAAUACCGAGGAGGAAAGUUAUAUAGCAGCAUAGUGGAUGUGACCUGCUGUACGUCGGCAAUCCUACAUAAAAUGGAAAGAUGGAGGGUUGACCCUAAUUUUGUUACACUAUCUGAUCAUCGAGCCAUACAAUUUCAAAUGAAGGUCAAAACGGAUAAACAGAGUGUCGCGGUCAGAAAUUCUACUCGCUUAUUUAAUACAGCCAAGGCAAACUGGUCUCUCUUCAGAAACGACCUUAAAGAAAAAUUAGAAAAGGAGAACGUAACAGAAAAUAAAAUAAAAACCAUAGAUACACCAGAGGAAUUGGAUGAUAUCGUGGACUCAUAUGUCAAACAAGUAAAAUUAGCCUGCCAGAAAUCCAUACCAACUAUCUCUAAGAAUGUAUAUAAAACCUGUACACCAUGGUGGAACACGCAGCUAGAAGCAGAACGAUGCAAAGAUAUACGACUCAGAAGAAGAAUAAAAUUUGCCAAUGAGAGACGAAAACCGUACGUUAUCCAGGAUUUUGUAGAAGCAAAAGAAAAAUAUAUUAAUAAUAUAAUGACAGCAAUAACUACGAGCUGGAAAGAACUAUGCACUAAACAAGAAAAAGAAACUGUAUGGCAAAGUAUGUACAGAAUAAUAAAAAAAUGUAGCGCAUCUAACCAAGACAAACUGCUGAAAUCAGGCGAUGAAAUUCUUAACGCUAAUGACUCAGCAAUGUUAUUGGCAAAAUCUUUUUACCCAGAUGACGAUAAAAACAUAGAUACUGAAGAACAAACCAGAAUACGAGAUAAAGCGGAUAAAAUAACUAAAGAACUUAGAAAAAGCACGACCAUUUCUCAUCGUAGUUUUACAGAGAUAGAAAUAGAGGCAGUUCUAGAUAAAAUGGACCCCAAAAAGGCGCCUGGCGAAGAUGGCAUCACGUCAGAUAUUUGCUAUCAGUCAUAUAAGACCAUGCCUUCAACACUAAUGGCUAUCUACAACAAGAGUCUCGAAAUAGGUUAUUUCCCAAAGAUCUGGAAAAAUACCAUAAUAAAAUAA